AGGUUUUACUAUUUCACAAAAGCUUACUUGAGAAAUGUUUUAAAGUGCGCCGUUUUAAAGUCCGCCGAAUAUUUCAGCCAGAUCAAUAUGAACAGUUUUUAUUAAAUGAUUUGAUUAAUAGCUUUAACGAUAUUACUGAAAGUUUUGCUCCAGAUGGUUUUUCAUUCUUGAAGUAUGAUGAUCAUGUAAUUUUUUAUAAAUUGAGUCAUAGUACUUUAUCUAUUCCAGAGGUUACAGAGUGUAUUCGUGUAAACAAUGAGAUGCAUGUUAAGUUAUUUUACAGAGGUUCACCUCUGCCAUUACCUCAGUGGUUUUGUCAAGGAAGAGAUUGUCUUGAUUGAUUUAUCUUGUAAAAGUAUGCUUCAUAAUUUUCCUACCUACAUUAAAUCACAAGCCGAACAAUUUUCAUCUGUAUUGACUGAAUUACAGCAAAUUAAAUAUAUGAAAAAACCUAUUUAUUUAGCCAAUAUUAUAAGGUAUUCACUGAUAUUACUAUAUACUUCUAUGCAGUCAUACCAACUUUUGCGUGAAGAAUUGCCUUUACCAUUAUUAUCAUUACUUAAAAAAAUAACUAGUGGAAAUAUUGAUGCUCUAAGUUGUGCAAAACGUUUAAAAUUAGAAGGUAAGAUAUCUCAAGACAUUUGCUUAAUUUUUGAUGAAAUGUACUUGCAAAAAUGUGAGGAGUAUUUUGCUGGAGAGAUGAUUGGUAGUGAUGAGUCUGGAGAAAUGUAUAAGGGAAUAGUUUGUUUUAUGAUAGUUGGCCUGAAACAAAACAUUCCAUAUGUGAUCAAAACGUCUCCUGAAAAAACAAUCAAUGCUGAAUGGUUGAAAGAAGAAAUUUUUGAAUGUCUUCGUAUUUUAACUGAAUGUGAAUUUAAUGUUAGAGUUAUUGUGUGUGACAACCAUUCUGCUAAUGUUUCUUGUUUUAAAAAAAUCCUUUGUGCAUUGAAUCAACAAGCUGAAGAUUUUAACUUUAAUGGAUUUAAAGAACCUAUAAUUGUAUGUGGGGGAGAAAUUAAAUGGAGUACCUUCCACAAUAUUUAUGAAAAAGACCUCACUCUUAAUGCUGGUUUGCGUAAAGCACCAAAAAUAACAAUGAAAGUGUUACAUCCUGGCAAUUUUAAACAAAAUGUUUCUUUAGCACUUGCAAUUUUUGAUGAAACUACAUCGGCAGCGAUUCACUCAUAUUUUCCAGAUGUUAAAGGUAGUGCAGAUUUUCUUACAUUAUUUAACAAGUGGUGGGUUUUAUCAAAUUCUAAAUGUCAGUAUUCAGCAUGUAAUAUUUUAGGUAAUGCAGUUGUUUCUGGUGAUAAAAAACCUGAAUUUCUUCGGGAAACGGCACAUUGGAUUGAAGUUUGGCAAUCACAAAAGAUACCAAACUGUGAGAAGUUUACUUUAAGUGUUCAGACAGCUGCAGCACUAAUAAGAACACUUAAUAGUCAUGCCUCAUUGAUCGAGGACUUGCUUAAUGAUGGAUAUCACUUUGUUUUAACUGCGAGAUUUCAAAGUGACCCAUUAGAAAGGAGAUUUGGACAAUAUAGACAAAUGAGCGGUGGAAGAUUUUUGGUAGGUUUAAAAGAUGUCACUAUUUCUGAAAAAAUAUUAAAAAUCAAAAGUAUAGUUAAAGAAAGUAUUAACUUCGAUGAUAGUUUAAAAGUGCCUGAGUCAGAAAAUAAUUUAACAGAUUGGAAAAACUUUCUUCUUGACAUUGAUGAAGCUCAGUGUACUCCAGAAAUCAUGACACUUGCACCAGAAAGUUGGGAAGUAGGUGCUCAUAUUGCUGGUUAUAUAGCAAAGAAACUUAAAAAACGUUUUGGUACAUGUUGUAAAGUAUUUUACAAUAUUGUUUGUGUCAAUAUUGAUGAAAGCAAUCCUGAUCAUACUUAUUUAACAAUUAUUUCUAGGGGUGGUCUCACUAUUCCUUCACCAUCACUUUUGGAUUAUGUUUGCACAUCCUUUGCUAUGAUUGACUACUUUUAUAAAAAAAUAAAGAAAUUUAGUUUACAUGCACGACAAGCUUUAGAAUAUUUGUUAAACCACUUUUAUGACUCUUUUCAGACUUUUUCUUGUCCCAUGCAUGAGAAAACUGGGAUAAAACUUGCUGGAAGAAUUGUUGUUAACAUUUUUCUUAAUAAUAAAAGAAUUAUCUCUACCAGUGAAGUAGCUGUUGAUCAUGCAAAAUCUUUUAAAAAGAGAAAAUUUGAGAAAAUUUAAUAAAUUAUAUAUAAUUAUUUUAUUUUUAAAUGAAAAAAGAGAAACAUUUAAAUAUUUUUUAUAACUGUUCUUGUUUCUUACAUCGUUUUUACUAAUACUAAAUUUUAAAAUAAACACUAUUUAUUUCUUAAUAAAUGUUCGUUUAAUAUCUAAAAUUAUGAAUAAAUACAACUUUUGUGGACUUUUUA